GGUCGCAAGAAGUCCCUGUUUGUCACCAACGUUCCAUGGCGCUUGCCGGCCGCGACCUGCAAGAGGCCUUCCACAGGAUCCCGGUGGGCAGCAGCUCAGUAGACGCCCAGGUGCACGUAGGGGGCGGCCCCAUUGCCGUCAUUGCGCUGCACCCAUGGGGGCCGCUGGGCGGUAGCAUGGACGAUCCUCACCCGCGAACUGUUUGCCGAGUGUUCGGGUCGGCUGGCUGCACAACGGUGAGACUCAACUUCCGCUCCGGCAUCGGCUCCGGCAAUGGCUCGGUGGAGGAUGUGAAGGCAGUCGCUGCGUGGCUCACCCAGCCAAACUCCGCUCCAGAGGCACGUGGCCGCGUGCUAGCCUCCAAGGUUCUCAUCGUUGGCUACAGCUACGGCUCACUGAUCGGUGCCGCAGCCGCAGCCGACAUCCCGCAAGCUUUCAGCUACGUCGCCAUUGGGCCGCCGCUGGAUUACAGUUGGGCCUUGUACGUCUGGAACGGCCAGACACUCCGUGCCAAGGCGGCGGAGUCCGAAGGGAAGCCAAAGUUGCUCCUGGUUGGCACCAAGGACCAGUUCUGCUCCCUCAAAUCCUUUGAAGGGUUUGCGAGCACGCUGCCGAAUCCCAAAGAGAUGCAGGUCAUCAAGGAUGCAGACCACUUCAGUCUCUUCUCGCACCUGAACCAGGCCUUCAACGAAUGGGUGAACCGGACCUGGAAGAUGAGCCUUCAAGACUGGGCUCGCGGAGCGUUCGGGAGGAAGCAACGGGGUCCAGUGGCUGAGGCGGUGCCCUUUCCCCGGCCGCACGCGCAGUCGCCACAGGCGUCGCCCAAGAAGGCACCGUCUCCAUCGUCAAGACCAUCUCCAUCGUCAAGACCAUCUCCAUCGUCAAGACCAGACCGGACGCCCUAACGUGCAUCAAUCUCACCAGGGCACCUUCUCAUCGCGCGCCCUUGUCUUCAGAGCA